AUGGCAUUGACCGCACUACUAAAGACAGCUAUGGAAAAUGAAACUGACCAUCCACAAGCAGCAGGAACUUUACAGCGAGACACCUACAUGGACGAUAUUUGCACUUCAGUAAAGAAUGAAAAGGAAGCCAUUGAACUGACUAAGGAGAUAGACAACGUCCUAUCCACAGCAGAAUUUAAAGUUAAAAAAUGGGUCUCCAAUGCUAAACUACAUGCUGACCAAGAUCAGUCUGAGCAACCUGUGAUGUCUGAGGACACUGAGCAGAAGGUAUUAGGUGUCGUGUGGGAGCCAAAGACAGAUGAGCUUAAGUACAAAGUACAGCAAGUGGAAUUACACGGCAGAUUUACCAAGAGAACUGUACUGAGUGAAAUCUCAAAAAUCUUCGACCCAAUUGGAUUUGCCGGUGCAUUCCUGAUACGAGCAAAGAUAAUGGUACAGCAACUUUGGGCAGCAGGAGUUGGUUGGGACGAUGAAUUAGAUUCUGAAGAGACAUCCAACUGGUUCAAGUUCUUUGCCGAGAUGAAGAGUCUACAUGGUAUUUCAUUUAAGAGAUGCUUGAUCCCUGAACCAGAUGCUGAAAAUUUACAGUUAAUCAUCUUCUGUGAUGAGUGUGCCUUUGGCGCAGUGUACUACACUAGAUGGGAGACAUCUAAUGGUACGUUUGGUGUAAGAUUCUUGACCACAAAGUCCCGAGUUGCACCCCUGAAGGCAUUAACAAUUCCGAGGUUGGAGCUACAAGCAGCUGUGGUAGCCACCAGACUAUACACAUCUAUAACCAAGGAAAUGACUGUCAAGUUUAAAAAAUCUAUUUUCCUCUCAGACUCGAUUAUUGCUUUAUCCUGGAUAAGAGGUCAGUCGCGUUUCUACAAGCCGUUUGUUGCCAACAGAGUGUCUAAGAUCCAAGGCAACACCGAUCCAUCAGACUGGAAGCACAUACCAGGAGAGUUCAAUAUUGCAGACAAAGUCUCCAGAGGCGUGAGUGUGAGUGACUUAAAAGGUGAAUGGAAAGAAGGACCUUCAUUUCUGAGCUUGCCUGAAAUUGAAUGGCCAUGUUCCAUCCCUAGGGCGAGUAAAGAAGAUGUAGAUGCCGAAAAACGGAAGCCAAAACCUGUAAUGCUCAUACAGCAGCUAGAAGCAGCAAUUAACAUCAAUAGAUACUCAAGUUGGCGAAGACUUCUACGGGUGACAGCAUAUGUUUUCCGAUUUAUAGUGAACACCAGAGCAAAGUGCUGUGUGGAUGAUGGCCCACUAUCUGCACACAAAUUAAUGGUAGCUGAAAGACACUGGGUGAUGGAUGCUCAAAAAUCCCUAAAGGAGAUUAAGGAAUACAAGUCUCUAAGUCCAUUUAGAAUGAACGGUAUAGUAUAUGUAGAAGUAACAAGAGACUCUCAUGUGACCAGGCCUAUCCUGUCCUUCUGCCGAGAUGCCACCGAGCCUCAUAUCUGA